AUGGAACUUCUUCAUCGACGAAACAACCAGAGUAGUAAGAUCAAACAAGAAGAUGAUACAGCACUGAAUGAAGAGUUAUUAGAGGACAACCAACCAACAACAGAAGUACCAUCAGUGGUACAACGUUCAUUAUUUUCUCAGUUAGAAAUGUUAAACGGGAAUUCUCUCCAAUUACUAAUCAAUCAAUCAUCAUCAAAUUCAUAUUUUUUUACACGUAUCAUCUUCGUUCAUUUGAUGGGACUGAUUUAUAUAUUUUCAUUUCUGGCUGCAUUUAAUCAUGCACCUGUUCUUAUUGGUCAUAAGGGUUUAUAUCCAGCCUAUCUGCACAUUCAAAAUAUGUAUAAAAAUUAUGGGUCGGAAGCUCCUUGGAUUUCACCUUCGUUUUUCUACUUUCUACCAAUGGAAUCAUCGGAUAUAGCAUUGAAAACCGUAUGUGCUAUUGGAACAGUACUUGGCAUGUUCAUGUUAUUUACAGGAAGAUGUAAUUCGAUUAUAUUAUUUCUAUUAUGGUGUCUACAUAUGAGUCUAUACAAUAUUGGACAAUUAUUUUAUGGUUUUGGCUGGGAGUCGCAGAUAUUAGAAACAACAUUUUUGGGCAUGUUUCUUGUACCAUUUUAUAGUUUAAAACGUAUAAAUAAACAUAGUCCUCCAAGUAUACUGUUUGUAUUUUUGAUGCGAUUUCUCAUAUUUCGCAUUAUGAUGGGAGCCGGUUUAAUCAAAAUUAGAGGUGAUCAAUGUUGGCGAGAUUUAACAUGUUUAAAUUAUCAUUAUGAAACACAACCAAUUCCAAAUCCAAUAUCGUAUUAUUUGCAUCAAACACCGUAUGCGUUUCAUAAAUUUGAAGUAAUUAUCAAUCAUAUUACAGAAUUAGCUACACCCGCGUUCGUUUUUGGCUUAUUUGGAUUUACUCGUCAUAGUCGAUUAGUUCGACAUAUCGGUGGAACUAUUCAAAUUGUUUUUCAAAUAUUACUCAUAAUUAGUGGAAAUUUGAGCGUAUUAAAUUAUGUAACAAUUGCUCCGGCACUAUGGUGUUAUGAUGAUAAAUUUUGUUUAUGGAAAUAUAUUUUUAAUACUAAACAACAUAAAAUAGUCAAAGAAAUUAAAACAUUAAAUAAACGACUAUACUUAAUGAAAUUAAUUCGUUCGAUUGUUCAUUUAUGUGUAUUUGGAUUAAUUGCUUAUCUUAGCAUCAAACCUAUUGCCAAUUUGUUUUCACGUUAUCAAAGAAUGAACAGCUCUUUUGAUCGAUUAAAUUUAGUAAAUACCUAUGGAGCAUUUGGUUCAGUGGGUAAAAUACGAGAUGAAGUCAUUAUUAGUGGUUGUGAUAGAACAAAUGUUGAUGAAUGUAAUACGCAUAAUUUAUGGAAAGAAUAUGAGUUUAUCUGUAAACCGGGUAAUAUUUCUCGUCGACCAUGUUUUACUGCACCCUAUCAUCAACGUCUUGAUUGGCAAAUGUGGUUUGCAGGAUUUCAAGACAUUCAAAAUAAUCCAUGGUUAAUACAUCUAAUGAUUCAAAUGUUGGCUAGUGAUAAAAAAUCGGCUAUCAACGCUAUAUUAGCUACAAAAGGAAAUCCGUUUUUGGACAGUCCACCAAUAUUCAUAAAAGCUGAUUUGUAUCGGUAUAAAUUUACACGUCUUGGAACGGGUGAUAAAAAUUGGUGGGCAAGAAAAUAUAUGAGACAAUAUUGUCCUAUUCUAAAAUUAGAUAGUGCUAAUGUCAAAUCAAUAAUGAGACAAAUGAAAUGGAAAAUUCCCGUAUAUCCGAUCCGAUAG